GGACCGCAGCACAUCGCGGGCAGCCCCUUCAAGGCCAAAGUCUCUGGUCCUCGUCUCUCCGGCGGACACAGUCUUCACGAAACGUCGUCCGUCCUCGUGGAAACCGUCUCGAAGACCUCCUCGAUGGGGGGGCCCUUCGCCUCGUUACCCAAGUUUACUUCAGACGCCAGUAAAGUAAUCUCUCGAGGCUCCGGACUCUCCAAGGCCUUCGUGGGUCAGAAGAACACGUUCACGGUCGACUGCACCAGCGCAGGAACCAACAUGCUGAUGGUGGGCGUCCACGGCCCCAAGGCGCCCUGCGAGGAGGUUUACGUGAAACACAUGGGCAACAGGAUGUACAACGUGACGUACACCGUGAAGGAGCAGGGCAGCUACAUCCUGAUCCUGAAGUGGGGCGACGACCACGCGCCCGGCAGCCCCUUCCACGUCACCGUGCCCUGAGCCUGAAGCUCUGAAGACACAACGACUGAAGACACAAAGACUGAAGACACAAAGACUGAAGACUGUCCACUUUCUGUUUCAGACCACAGCCCUCACACUCUCUCUGCUUCCCUCUUCUUCAUCAGUUAGCAUCUCGUUAGCAUCAGUUAGCACUUCAUUGGCCUCAGUUAGCAUCUGGUUAGCAUCAGUUAGCAUCUCGUUAGCAUCUCGUUAGCAUCAGUUAGCACUUCACUGGCCUCAAUUAGCAUCUGUUUAGCAUCAGUUAGCAUCUCGUUAGUAUCUCGUUAGCAUCAGUUAGCACUUAAUUGGCCUCAGUUAGCAUCUGGUUAGCCUCAGUUAGCAUCUGGUUAGCAUCAGUUAGCAUCUCGUUAGCAUCUCGUUAGCAUCAGUUAGCACCUCAUUGGCAUCAGUUAACAUCUCGUUGUUAGUAUUUUGUUGCUCCAGUUACUAAUGUUUAGAUUCUAGUAUUUGGUGCCACGAGUAAACACCUCGUAAUUACAUAAUAUUAUAUAAUCUUCCGGCUUCAGGAACUAGCCUAAACGCUGAAAUGUGUGUUUAGUUGAUCUCAAACUCGACCACUGACCUCGGACGGUAUCAGCUUUGCUCUGAUUGGAUGAAACUCUCAGGAUUUCUCGGGAUAUUUCUGGAUAAGCUGUGGCUGUGAGAGUGUGUAUCUUCCCGUCAGGAGUGUGUGUUAAACCCAGUGUGUUGUGACAGGAAGUGAUGUCGGAGGGUCAGAUGUGACUUCAGAUUUUAUUUAUUCUCAGACCCCCCCCUCUCAUCUGAUUUUCUUUGACAGAAAAUGGUCAACGAGCCGGAUGAUGAUUUUGUAUUUUUGCCACAGGAAGUCGUGCGGUGAAGCGGUCGUUUUUUUUCGUGGAUGUUGCAGAGAGACGGGAUAUUACAGAGUGACAUUUUAUAGUGAUUUUUGUAUCAGAAUAAAUGAACUGUUUGAUAUGUUAUUUGUGAUUAAUAACCCCCACCUGGCGAGAUUGUGCAGGCAUAAUAAAGUUUAUCGCUGACUUGCCACAA